GUUGCUAUGUGGCUCAAUCUGCUCGAAUCUUAACUUGCUCGAUUUUCCAUACUUCUUAUUAUUCUGCGACUUUUCUGCUGUUUUGAUUUCUGUUUUGAGGUUAGAAUCCCAGCGAAUACUUUUCCAUUUACGUGACUAGCUGCAAAAAGUGUUUAAUUCUAACAUUCUUGGACUAUUUUGUGCACGAUAAGGAUACAGCCUUCGUCGUUCUCAUUGGAAAAGCUGAGAAAGUGAAGGAACUUGGAAAAGCAGCUAUAAUAAGCGUCAAAAAAUCACAAAGAGGCGGCACAGAAACCACAAGAGCACGUGCUCCAGUUAAGCAAAGGAACUUUAACAUUUACUGAUAUCAACUGACCAGAAUGAAGAACAAACCCUUGAAACACAAAGCAUCCAAUAAUUUUCAGUUUAAAUCGUUCCGUGAUCGCAUCAAGGAAGUCGAUAUUCGCCGCAGCGCAUUCUAUCACGUGGAAACUUCCGAAGAUAAACUCUCAGAGCAAGGUGGUACUUUUUUCUACUCGGCGCUUAAGACAUGGUCAGUCUUAAAUUUAACAAACGAAUAUGCCGAAUAUCAACGCAAAUUUCAAGAUUCGAAUACGCUGACUUUGCUAAUAUUCAACAAAGAUGCUAUCAUGACCCAUCUUCUCAGCUGUUUACGGGAAACAUCAGAUGCGGCUGUGCAACCUUUACUGGAGUUGGUGGUAGCCGUGGCAAAAGAUUUGCGAAAAGAAUUUUACAACUACUUUUCAUCCGUGUUCGAUGUACUGGCCUCGUUUCUUCGCUCUGCCAGCGCCGAUCGCGUAGAGUUGACGCUGAUUUGUUUGGCACACCUAUUUAAGGCGCUAAGGGGAAUCCUCCGAAACCACUUUACGAAUACCUUUGAGUUGCUAUCGCCGCUACUAAACGAAUCUAAUUCAGUUGUUCAUGCUGUGAACUUUGCAACCGAAUGCCUCGGAUAUCUUGCGCGCGAUCUUAACGAAAAAAGAACAUUGAUUGACAUGCUGUUGAAAUUUCAGAUGCAGAGUGACGGUAGAUCGUCCGUCUGUGGUCAUGUACUGUUUAAAAUAUUGAACGGAGUGCAAAACCAAUUCCACACAACAGCAAAACAGACGUUGCAGCAAUUUUUCGAUAUAUUGCAGCAGCUAAAUCAGGAGGAUGGCGAUCAUUUGCAGGAAAUCUUGACGCAAACCAUUACCGAUAUAGUUGAUUACAUUCAUCCUGGAGAUAUAAUCAUAUUCUGGGAGGCCGUUCAGAACACUAUCGAGCAUUGCAUUGAUUUGCUCUGUAUUCAACAAACAGAAGUCCCAAGCUCCAAAACCGAUGCCAAACUCAUUACAUAUUUAACGCGGAUAUUGCAAUUGGCUGGAAUAGCACUGGAAUAUAACGAUGGCAAGCUUCUCGGAAAUAGUGCUCCAGUAGCUGUGUCGCAGCUGAUACGAUUACUUACUUUCGUGCCUAGUAGCAGCGAAGAGUUCUCCGAAACUAUCGUCAAUCACAUCAUAAUUUUGCUACGAUCGAAGAACAUCCAUCUGUCACACCUGGAAGCUAGUCGCUUGGCAAGAAACAUGAUGAUGCUCAAUCAACGUUCCCUGUAUGAAAGGUUCAUCUCAUCAACUGUACAUUGUUCUGCGUUUGAAACGCUUAUUUGGCCAUGCUUCGUGAAAAAGCUUGACGUUGAAUUCGACGAAGCUCGUCUUCUAUUUUUAGCAGACCUACUGCUACAGAAGGUGCCACAAAGUGUCAACGGGUCUCAGUUAUGUAAGUGGAAACCCUACCCGGUACACGUUAUGUCGAACGGAAAACUUGAAAUGUAUGUAAACUCUAUGCUUGCUGAUAAUAUGCUAGAAAUAGAGCAUGUAUUACAGCACUUUGAAUUGUACAUAUGUGCCUUGAUCGUGCUUCCACAUCUUAAAUGCUUGAAAGCGAAAGCAAAGAUCGCAUUUAAUUUAAGCAAAUUUGUUUUGACCCUAGCACAAGUUAUCGAAGCAGGAGGAACCAACGUACGAGAGAAUGAGAAAUCGAUCAAAAUUAUUGAACUAUUCGCCGUUAUAGUAGAAACAAUUGUGCAUCUAAACAAAAUCGAAAAAAAGAGCUACAUUGAAGUUUUAGAGAGUCUGCUGGGCGUCAUAACCCUUAACCACUGUCUGUUACUCAACAGUUUGCACCUACUAGUGGUAUUCCUGAUUGAUCAAUGGCAAUAUUUGCCAACUCAUCAGCAAUUUAAAAAGUUACAAACCUGUUUAAGACCUCUUGUGUCAUCGUUUGAUGGUUUGAUAAGAUACUUAUCUGCAGAUAUACUGGCAAAAUUCGAGCAUCUGACUGUUGGUUUGGGACCAUUAUACAAAACAAUCGCGAAGAUUGAAAGUAUCGAAUCGCUAGUGCAAACAUACCGUGAGCAAGUACUUAUGUUCCAGGAUUUGGCCUACAACAGCCAGCUUUUUAAAAAAUCAUCAAUAGCUGUACAAAGUAAAGAAUGGACCGACACUGUCCUGCGCUAUAUGAUGUCAUUAUUUUCAGUCAACUUUAAAUUACUGUGGGAACCAGUCGCAACCAUUAUUCGAAGUUAUGUAGACAAUAUGUCAAAAAAAGAGCAUGAAAUAUUUUGGCGAGUUUUUGAGACUAUGCUAACAAUGGCUGAAAGGAACAUUCCCUACGAACAACCCUGGGAAGAUUUAAGCAGCGAUAUGGGCAAUUCGAAGGAUGCCGAUGAUACAUCCAAAACCAUACUUGUCAAAGUGAUGCCCUGUUUGAUUAAAAAACAAAACAUUGACUACAACAAUGUGCGCUUUCAGUUGCUCAAUAUGCUACGAAGCUGUACGGGUUUUUGUCGCUCGCAAGGAGAUCGCAUCGUGGAUAGCUUCUUCUCUUUCCUCAGUACCACCAACAUUGAAAAUGAUGGAAACGAAGAUACGACCACUUCCAUCAUUGAAACCAAGCGCCAUAAAAGGGGCCCGGACAGGCAGCAGAUCCUACUGUGCUACCUCAAUAUUUGCAGCGAACUGGACAAGGAAAUGAUAGAGGAAAAGGUAGAUAAACUGUACGCUGUUUUUGAAAAAUUUAUCAGUAGUAGGAACGAAGAACUUCAGCAAGCCGCACUAAACGGUAUAUUCACAUUCGGUAAAUCACAUUUAAUGCUUUAUAAAGACUUUAUUAUCCGUUUAACAAAUGAUAAAACGCUUAGGAGUGCAUUGUUAUCGGUAUUCGAGCCUUCGGAUAAAGAAACGGCGGCAGCAAAUAGCGCACAUUUAAACAUUACAGAGCAGCAUCGGCCGGAUGUAGUACACUUAAUUUUAAAUGUCUUAAGUGGAAAAAUAGUGCAUAAUCUAGGUUGUAGAGAUGAUGCCGGUAGUAGCCAACAUAAGUGUGCGAUUCUUACAUUUAUCGGACGUUUGCGUGAAACAGAGCUCGAAUGUUUAUUGGGACGUUGGUUUGAACCUUACUUAAAGUUGCUCAAAUCGACACCACUCGAAACGGUACAAUGUUUGAUGCACGAAAAGAGCAGCGAUCCUACACAUGAUUUGCCGAUUAUGAACCCAAACAAAAUCAACACACUUCUCAACUUACUUGCAUCACUUCAAAAAGAAGCGGGACUGCGACCUGAGGCUAAAUUCUCUGCAAGAUUAAUGCAUUUAAAAAUUGCAUUUGAUGCCUUGCUGACUCAAAUGGAUCAUCUAAUCUACAAAAAGUACAAAUCGCGAGCAUUAUUGGAUCUUGUUGAUUUAAUUGAUCACUACGGUCAACAAUAUCAGUGGACGAACGAAGAAAUCGAAGCAAUUAUGCAUGUACAUGUGUGGCCUUGCUUGGAAAAUCUGCCUAAGGAUAGCAUACAUAGUGCAACACCUCUCUUAAAACUACUGCUGAUUUGUAGUCAAAACGAAAAACUGUAUACCAUUCUAGAAAAGCCGCUAUGUGAAUUCCGGCCAGAAUCACUGAAAUCGCUUACCCCACUGUCCGCAAUGAUUGAACUUCUGAGAGGAUCAAAAACCAACAGCAAAGUUUGUCAAGAUAUUUUUACUGCGCUAGCUGCUAUGUUGGAUACUGAAGAUAAACUGAGUGCGAAAUAUGGUGCUGCAGCUGACACAUCAACCGGCAGAAAUAGAUUGCUUGUACCCUACGUGAAAGAACUGCUACAAUUCAUACACUCGUCGCUGCAACAAAAAAGAACUAUUUCGUUUAACUUACUUGUUAUAUUGCAGAAUCUAGUCGAUUCUAAUUUGAUUGGUAGUGAUGAGUGUGGAGAACAGGGUAAAGACGAUCAUAAUUUGUUGCUUAGUUUGCUGUUUCCAAUUCUUAUGAAAACAGUAAGCAGCAUGAACGAACAGCAUGAACCUAUUGAAGCUCAACACGAAACAAGUGAAUACCUUAAACGUCUACACAUCGUCGUCAUGCGCCUGAUAGUACAGAUUACUGAACCAGAGCGCUACGUAAAACAGCUGGCGUACCUAUUGGAAAUGAUUAAGGAUUUUGGAUCUAGGAAAAUGCUGUUCGAUAUAUUUGACGCGUUAGCAACAUCGAAUUCGAGAGAGCUGCAGUUUAUAGCUAAUUUAGUAAGAAAAAUGAAUGCGAUGGAUAAACGGUGGAUUGAUCAGCCGGCCCACUCGAUUCGUGCAAGUGCCUUUCGUGCAAUUGAUGAACUGUUGGUUGGUAGUUCUGAAGACUGUCAACACAUAACAGGCCGAAUAUGCAUAGUUUUUCUUUCACAAGCUUGUCACGUGUUGCGAUUUGAACAGGAACUUUCUGCGCGGCAAAUCGCAUUUGAUUAUAUUUGUAAGAUAUUGGUACAUUUGUGUUCUGAUGCAUGCCGCGAGAUAAGUGCUAGCGAUAGACACUAUUGCAUAGAGAAAAUAGUCCUUAAGUCGGUUUUAGACGGGCUUAAGUUAAGACGAUUCUGUGAUUUACGCAAUGAUGCCAUUCUGCUGCUAGGUGAACUCACCCGUAAAUUGGGAAAAAUAUCGCAGCAUCAAGAGUGUCGUGUUUUUAGAGAGUUGUGGCACUUUACCGGCCAUGCACCGGGAAUUGGCAAAGAGUUGGAUUUCUACGAUAAUAUUACCCAUUUGCAGCCGCACCAGCAUGGCAAAGCAUUGAAACGAUUUGCUAGUAAACUGUUGAUAUUGAAUGAAAAUGAUGAUAGCAGCAAUAAGCUAUCUCCGCGCACCAUUAUUCAAUUUUUACUCCCCAUGGUAUCUCACUACGUAUGUAAUGAAAAUUAUCGCAGGCAAACAAGUAUAAUCAAUGAGGCUACUAACUCUAUCGUCCAAUUGUGUCGAGUAUUACCUUGGCGUAGCUACCAAGCUGUAUUACUGCAAUACCUAAGACGACUGAAAUAUAGCUGGGAUUAUCAAAAACAGUUAUUGAAAAUAGUAAUUGGCAUCAUGGAAGCUUUCCAUUUUAAUCUAUCAGAAAUAACAACGGAUAGUCAUGAAACAUCUGUGACGCUCACGAAUGCGCUGAUGAACACAAAGUUGGAAAUGCAUGCCACUGGACAUAACAUGUUAUCCACCGUUGCAGAUACCGUACACUUGCACGAGACCGAAGAGUUAAAAAAAGACAUGCCCAACGAACACAACGAAAAUGCUGAAAAUGAUUUAAUGUUGCAUCAACAAGAAAACGAUUCGUUCAAGACAUCCACUGAAAUUAUCGAUGAUAUAACACGAAACAUUAUCCCAAACCUCUUAUCUUCAUUCAAUUUUGCCACAGAAUGCUUACAAUCAGUCAAUGGAAGAAAAAUUGGUAAAUUCAGAAUGGACAAAAAGGCGCGUUUUGCUAAACAAAAAGAAGAAAUGCUGAAACUGCCCAUUGCAAUGGCAAUUGUAAAACUUUUGAUGAAACUGCCGCCUGAGCAGAUAGAGAUAAACCUACCAAAAUUGAUCAUCAAAGUAAUAACUUUUCUGAAAUCACGUAUGAAGUCUGUCCGAGCGCAGGCCCGCAACACGCUCGCGUAUAUUACCAUUGAGCUUGGGCCAUUGUAUUUCAGUUUCAUACUCCAAAAUCUGUUGGCAAUGCUCACACGUGGCUUCCAGCGGCACGUGCUUACAUUCACUGUUCACACGCUGAUAGAACGGGCCCAAGGGCAUUUGGCCAAUGUAAACGUUCUGCGUGACAUACUACAAACGGUGUUACACAUUUGUAUGGAAGACAUAUUCGGCCAGUUAAUCGGCUUAGUACGUGGAACAACUAUUGAAGGCGGUACGUUGAAAAGAGCAUCUGCACCAGAGUCGAAAUCGUCUCGCAAACCCUACCAAACACUUUUAAUUCUAGCACAGAAUGCACGAGAAAAAAUGCUCAUUGACUUGUUCGCCCCUUUCUGCUGUGUGCUUCUACAUUACCGCACGCAUCAAACGAUAAAAAAGGUACAAGACGCUUUCCGUCGUAUAGCGAUUGGCAUAGUCGCAAAUGAAACAAUUGAAUCAGAAGUGCUUCUAGUUUUCAUCUAUGGAAUGUUGUCGGGAAACAUUUUUGCCCAAUGUGUUGCCUCAUCAUCGAACGAUAUCAAUAAUCUUAAAAAUACAAACAAAACUUCUGAAAAAUCCAAGCAAUUGCUAGAAGAUACACUCCAACCGGGUGCUAUCUAUCUUAUACCGUACGAACCGAAACGAUACGGUUGUACAGCAAUCAACUUAGAAAAUAGUUCGGGAGACGAAGAAAAUGAUAACUUGUUCCUUGAAUGUGGUAUGCAGUUACUUUUAAAUUUUAUCAAACGCAAGCACGUCGAAGCGCGCCACAAUCGCGAACAAGGACAUAAGUUUAAACAAAGCAUAAACCCGAUUAUUCCAAUGUUGGUUCAAUCACUGGAUAGUAAGCAUACAAACAUUAUCUGCCUCUCAUUGAACUGUUUAAGUGCACUUUGGAGCACUCAAUGGACAAUAUCGCAGAUGGAGGAGCGAGCCACAAUAGAGCGAAUCACACAAUCAAUUUUCGCCAUUCUUCAUCGUUACAAUACUGUCGCAAUCGAUGUGAAUACUACAAGCUUUUCGAUAGUACGAGCCAGCUUUAAAGCGAUAGUUGCGCUACUCAAAUAUUUCAAACGUUCAUAUCAAUUUACUGAUGAACAGCUACGAUUACUAAUACUCUACAUUGAACAAGACAUCUCAGUAGGUGGUGGUCGCCAAAUGAUGGCUUUCGUGCUGAUCCGUUCGCUCAUAGCGAGAAAAGAAAAUUUUCCUGAACUGCAUUGUUUAAUGGAAAAAAUAUUGGAAAUGUGCAUUCGCUCCGAAAGCGCCAGUGAAAGAUCCGAGUGCCGCCAAAUCGCCGUAGAAUAUAUUAUGAGUUACCCUGUUGGUAAAAAAGUUAACGCACAUCUACUUUUUCUAAUAGACCAGCUACAAUAUGUCAUGCCAACCGGUCGACAAUCAGCCGGACAGUUGCUGAAAGAUCUAUUCCAGAGGCUUCCCAAGGAAGCAAUUGAAACCCAACACGUAGUCUUUUUCUUUGCCUUGGGUGUACAUUUAUCCAACGAUAGUGACAAAGAUAACCGUGCGCUCAUAGCCGAAUGUAUUGAAAAAAUGUUAGAGCGACUAGCGGUGGUACAUAAGAGUAACCUCGUGGUUAUUCUUCAGGAAAUGCUAGCUGAUUGUUUGAAUAAGCACCGCGAACUAGCGGCACAACUUCUUUUGCGCAUAAUACGAUCAGAACCAACACACACUUUUAUUAAUAGUUGGCUCCCUAGUGCAUAUCCUUUGUUACUGGCAAAUCUAAUGCCGCAAAUUGAUAAGGCUUCAAAAUCGAGAAACAAUAUUGAGUCAGGGAAAUAUGUCAAACCCGUUAUUACUCCUUUCACGACAUUACUGAAUGCAGACACUAGUAGUGAUCAUCUUAUCAUACAGACACUGCAUGUAUUCGAUGAACUUUUGCGAUUGGAUACAGCAUUAUUAACAGAGGUAAAAUAUUACGAUAUGAUUGAUUCGUUGGCUUACGUCUCGCAGGCUUUGCUAGCAAGUGGGCACCAUUGGGUGCGCCUCGGUGCAUUACGAUUGCUUUAUAAGAUAAUGAAUUCCCUUGAUUUCAACGCAAUUCACGACAAAAUUCAAGCUGAAUGCGAAACCUUGGAUAGCGACCAAGCAACAUCGUUGGAUCAUAGAAUAAGUGUAAAACAUUUUUUCUAUCACGCACCAUUACGCGACUGUAAGUCACUUACGUUGGAUCUAUGCGCACAACUAACAACAAAUAGUGCCCUAUUCGACAGUCAUGACGAUGAAACCGCUGGACUUAUCACUCAGAUACUGUUUCUCGUGGCGAACAUAUUGCGUUUUGUACCAUUGAAAGCAGCCAACAACAAAAUAAAUUUGCACUGGCUCAUUAGACGUGUACGAUACGUAAUACAGACUGAAAUCGUAAAAUCUCCCAAGGACUAUACACUGAGGAAACAUGCACUUCACUGGAUGUCUUCAAUAGUAUCGAUUAUCGAGGACAACACAUUGGAACGAUUAGCUCCGUCACUACUCUUGCCAGCUGUGAGAGAACUAUCGAUUCUCAAAAAUACUGUGAGACCUUCCAACCAACAGGACGUAAUAGCUAAAUCAGCGAUGAAUAAGGUGGCAUCAAAUCUAUGCAGGGAAAUCAGAUUACGCCUAGGAUCAGCCACAUAUGAUAAAAUUCGCUUAGCGCUUGAACAAUCUGUCAUGACCAAAAGGAUCAAUAGGAAAGUUCAAUUAGCCAGGGAAAAAAUCAAUCACCCACUCCAGGCUGCGCGUCGCAAGGCAAGCAAAACUUUGCGAUUUAAAGAUGCAAAAAAGCGAAAAAUGCCAAAUCAAUCAAGUAGCGCGGACACUGUUUAUGAUGAUAAUUCGCCAAGUAUCAGUAGUGCAGGGAGAAAGCGCCCGUCAAACUAUUCGGCUAAAAAGGUUGCCGGAUCUAAAAGACGGCGUAACAUGGAAGCACUGUUUAGAAGUAGUUAAUAUUAUUUCGUGCAUUUUUUGCGCAGCAGAUUUCGCGCGAAAUUGGCUGGGGCACUUAUUAAUAAGGAUAUCGAUGAAUAUCGUUUCAAAAAAUAAAACAAUUUCAUCUCAUUAGCUGGCGAUACAAGAAUACGUAGUU